AUGACCGGCCGAUCGCCUUCGUCUUCCGGCCUUCUUCCCAUGCCUGGAUCGCCAUCUUCGUCUUGGGCAAUGUACCGCGCCCGCUUAUCUGCUCUCUUCCGAAAUGCUGAUACUCAGGUGAUCGUGGCCUUUUGGCUACUGGGCCUAAUCAACAAUGUCCUCUACGUAAUCAUCCUCUCCGCCGCCCAAGACCUCGUCGGCUCGUCGGUCCCCAAAGGCGUGGUCCUCCUCGCCGAUGUCCUCCCCUCAUUCUUCACGAAACUGAUCGCCCCCUACUUCAUCCAUCGCGUGCCCUACUCCCUUCGCGUACUGGUCCUCAUCGCCCUGUCUUGCUCGGGCAUGCUCCUCGUCGCCCUCACGCCGCCUACGAAAUCCGUCGCCGUGAAGAUGGUCGGCGUCGUCAUCGCCAGCCUCAGCUCCGGUGGCGGCGAGCUCAGCUUCCUCGGACUGACGCACUACUACGGCCCCAUGAGCCUCGCGGGCUGGGGCAGCGGGACGGGUGCGGCGGGUCUGGUCGGGGCGGGUCUAUACGUGGUGCUCACAGACUGGUGGGGCUUCAGCGUGCGGAACAGCCUGUUGUUCUCUGCUUGCUUGCCAUCCAUCAUGUUCGUGAGCUUCUUCGUCAUAUUGCCAAAGGGGCCGCUCAAGGCGGGGCGGAAAGAGUACACGGUUGUUCCGGAGCAGGAUCUGGAAGAGGAGGACGUUGAGGAGCUGUCGCAGAACGCCGCGUCGUCGGCUCUGCUUGCGCCGGGACCCGCGACCACUUCGACGGCGUAUUCGGUACAGCACACUGAUGCGCACAGCUUCCAACACAACUUGAAGAGGGCAAAGUCGCUUUUCUUUCCGUAUAUGCUGCCGCUUUUACUGGUAUACAUUGCCGAGUAUACCAUCAACCAGGGCGUUGCGCCGACACUGCUCUUUCCGCUGGCGUCAUCACCGUUCAAGGAGUUCCGCGAGUUUUAUCCCAUGUACGGAUUCCUGUACCAGCUGGGCGUCUUUAUUUCGCGGUCUUCGACGCCGUUCUAUCGGAUCCACCGCCUCUAUCUACCAUCGCUGUUGCAAAUCGCCAACCUCGUGCUCCUGACGUGCCACGCGCUAUUUGACUUCAUCCCGUCGGUGUACGUGGUGUUUUUGAUUGUGUUCUGGGAGGGACUGCUGGGCGGCGCGGUAUACGUCAACACCUUUGCGGAGGUCAUGGAAAAGGUACCGAGCGAGGACAGGGAAUUCAGCUUGAGUGCGACAAGUGUGAGUGACAGCGGGGGUAUCUGCAUUGCCGGGUUCGUCGGCAUCGUCAUGGAGGUGCAACUUUGCAACUGGCAGGUUGCGCAUGGGCGGGAUUGGUGUCGCAAGAUCAAGGUUGGAUGA